GUAUCAGCCAUGUGUGAAGGGUUUAAUUUCCGAGGUUUCCGCUGGAUGAAAACCAUGAUCCACACCAUCAAGGAGAUUAAUGAGAAGAACGACAUUUUGCCCAACCACACUCUGGGCUAUCAGAUCUUUGACACCUGCUAUUCCAUCUCCAAAACAAUGGAGACUUCUCUGACAUUUCUUACGGGGCAGGAGGAAUACCAGCCCAACUUUAGAAACAGUACCGGAAAAUAUCUAAUAGGAAUUAUUGGAUCAGGGGGAUCAUCCUUGUCAGUGGCCUCUUCGAGAAUUCUGGGCUUGUAUUACAUUCCUGAGGUAUCUUGGAAUACUGUGCUAUGUAUUAGAAAGACGUACAAAUGCUAUGCCCAGAGAGUGAAUAUGACUGGCAAAGAAGACAGGUUGUAUGACAUGUCUGAUCAGCUCUGCACUGGAGAGGAGAAGCUGGAAGACCUGAAAAACACCUAUCUGGAUGUGUCUCAGCUCAGAAUCACCAACAACGUCAGACAAGCUGUGUAUGCUAUGGCUUAUGCCCUGGAUCACCUCAGUACAUGUGACAUACCAGAACAUCAUAAAAAUAAAACAAAAUGUUCACAUAUACCUGACUUUGAGCCCAAGGAGCUAAUGACAUACUUAAACAAAUUGAAAUUUACCACCCAUGAUGGAAGAAAAAUACAGUUUGACGUCAAUGGAGAUUUGGAAAUGGGAUAUUAUGAUAUCCUCAAUUGGCAAAUAGAUAAUACUGGAGGAAUCGCCUUUGUCAAGAUUGGAGAAUACAAAUUCCAAGAGUCAAGUUUUGAACUUGUUCUUCCACAGAACUCAACAUUAUAUUGGAAUACAGAAUCUUCAAGGAUUCCAGAUUCAGUCUGCACAAAACUGUGUCCUCCAGGAACCAGGAAGGGAAUUCGACACGGUCAACCCAUCUGUUGCUUUGAUUGCAUCCCAUGUGCUGAUGGAUAUGUGUCAGAGAAACUAGGCCAAAGGGAAUGUGACCCAUGUGGGGAAGACGACUGGUCCAAUGCACAGAAGAACAAGUGUGUGCCAAAGGAGGUGGAGUUCCUCGCUUAUGAGGAGGCCCUGGGGUUCACCCUUGUCAUCCUGUCUAUCCUGGGGGCACUCGUGGUCUUGGCAGUCAUCGUGGUGUAUGUGAUCCACAGGCACACUCCAUUGGUGAAGGCCAAUGACCGGGAGCUGAGCUUCCUCAUUCAGAUGUCUCUGCUCACCACGGUGCUCUCAUCCUUGCUCUUCAUAGGCAAGCCACUGAACUGGUCCUGCAUGGCCCGCCAGGUCACUCUGGCGCUGGGCUUUUGCCUCUGUCUGUCUUCCAUUCUCGGAAAGACUAUUUCACUCUUUUUUGCCUACAGGAUUUCCAUAUCCAAAACUCGGCUUAUAUCCAUGCACCCCGUUAUUAGAAAACUCAUUGUGCUGGUCUGUGUUUUGGGGGAGAUUGGUGCAUGCUCAGCUUACUUGGUGUUGGAACCUCCGAGGAUGUUCAAGAACAUUGAACCUCAAAAUGUAAAGAUCAUCUUUGAAUGCAAUGAAGGUUCUAUCGAGUUCCUGUGCUCCAUAUUUGGGUUUGAUGUCCUUCUGGCCUUACUGUGUUUCCUUACAACGUUUGUGGCUCGCCAGCUGCCAGAUAACUACUAUGAAGGGAAAUGCAUCACGUUUGCAAUGCUGGUCUUUUUCAUUGUCUGGAUCUCUUUUGUCCCUGCGUACCUGAGCACCAAAGGAAAAUUCAAAGUGGCCGUGGAAUUAUUUGCCAUUUUGGCAUCCAGCUAUGGCUUGUUAGGCUGCAUAUUUCUUCCCAAGUGCUUCAUUAUUCUGCUGAGGCCAAAGAGGAACACUGAUGAAACUGUUGGUGGGAGAGUCCCCACUGUAGACAGGAGCAUCCAGCUGACCUCAGCUUCUGUGAGCAGUGAGCUUAACAACACCACAGUGUCCACUGUUCUGGAUGAGUAG